AUGUGUUUGGCCGCAGGUGUGGUGUUGGGUCUUGCCUUCUGUCUGGGAAGUGCAGAGGCUUUUGUGACGGGCCCUGCCCUGUCCUUGAAAGGUCCUCACGCCCUCUCGGGAAUGAAACCUGUCACGAGGUCCCAUCCCGCCGCUGUGAGGAUGGAGGCGGAUGCAGACGCAUUUGACGCCAAGAAAUUUGCCGUCUCACUGGCCUUGGGCAGCGCCUUGCUCUUCUCUUCCGGGAUGCCGAUUCCCGCUUUUGCGCAGCAGGGUGGCUCAUUCAAAGUUCUCAAGGGUGCCGCCUCCACUCAGGAUUCAGGAUCAAGGCGCACGAUCACCAGAGGUGCCUUGCUCGAAGGAAGCAACUUUGAUGGUCAGAACCUGCCGGGCAUCAGCUUCCAGCAGAGCCUUUGCAGAGAUUGCAGCUUCGUUGGAACCAACCUGAAAGGAGCAUCCUUCUUUGAUGGAGAUCUGACCAACGCAAACAUGGAGGGAGCUGAUGUGUCCAACGUGAACUUCGAGUUGACAUGCAUGAAGGAUGCGAACUUGAAGAACGCUAUCGUCAACAAUGCGUACAUUCAAUCAACCACCAAGCUGGAUGGCAUCAACAUCGAAGGAGCUGAUUUCACUGACACCGAGCUGCGCAAGGACCAGCAGCGCUACCUCUGCAAGAGAGCUUCAGGCACGAACCCCAAGACUGGUGUCGACACCAAGGACAGUCUUCGAUGCAGCAUGCUUAAGUGA